GAGAGAGAGAAACUCUUCUGAUCUCUGAGACCCAUUUUCUUUUACUUUUUUCUCAUAUAUAUAUAUUUAAGAAAGGAAGCAAUCGAGGCGUGUGUUGUUCAUCGUUUGCUGCGUUAAUCAAGACGAGGGCCUACCAUUAAUCCCUAAAAAAAUUCACUGUUGGGAUUAACUCAUCAUUACGCUUAGGGAAUUGAGAAAUUCUGUUUUCAUCAUUUUACGAGGAAUACCAGCAGAAUUAUGCAUUAUCCAUCACUAAUUCACAUCAAAUAUUUGGUUGAAUAAACCUGCAGCAUCCUGUUUCUCACGGAGCCGAAUUCCCUGCAGCUGAAUUUUUGGAAAAAAACGGAAUAUAUAUCGAGAAUUCUUAUUAUCAACCUUACUAGUUCGAAACUGAGACAUAGUUAUUGUUGUAUGGUGAAUUAUUAUCGGCAAACAAUAGGCAAUUUUUUAGUUUUGUUGGAAAGGGACGGCUUCUAAUUAAUGCGCCUUCGAUCUUCUGUUGGAGGCGGAUCUGCUUGGAACUUGAAGAGUUUUGGGUUUGAAAUUGUUGAAUUACGCAACGACUUUUGGAAAUUCAGUUGAAUUCUGCUGUACAUAGUGGCAAUUUUGUCCCUUUUGUUUCUUCGAAACACAGAAUUCUGGCCUUAAAUGGAGCUGCCUCAGUCCAGAACUUUUGGAGCAGAAGGGAGGAAGAAGACGCAUGACUUUCUUUCACUGUAUUCACCUAUUGAACAAGAUCCAAGACCUCCGCAAGGUGGCUACCUAAAAACUCAUGAUUUCUUGCAACCGCUGGAGCAAGCAAGGAAGACAGUUGGGAAAGCAGAAACUAAAGUUGAGGUAGAGGCCACAGAAAAGCCUCCUUCAGCAGCACAUAUUCUUCCUGGUGGUAUUGGCACCUAUAGCAUUUCUUAUUUGCAGCAAAGGAUUCCAACACCAGAAACAAACAUAUUUGCUGUCACGCAGGCUAGUAGUACUGAUAGAGAAGAUAGAAACUCAAACUGCAGUUCUUACUCGGGGAGUGGUUUCGCAAUAUGGAAUGAAUCUGCCAUCAAAAAGGGAAAGACAGGGAAGGAGAAUGUGGCUGGAGAUAGACACGUCGUAAGAGAUGUCAACAUUGGUGGAGGGCAACCCACGACAUCGUUGGAACGGCAAUCACAAUUAUCUUCAAAUCAUAAUCAUAACACUGCAACCUUGAGCACGCUCUCAUCCGCUCAGCAAUCAUCAGCUGUUGAGAAUCAGAGUUUCCUCAAAAUGAUGAAAUCAGCUAACAAUGCACAUGAAGAAGAUGAUGAUGAAGAGGAAGAGUUUAUUGUCAAGAAAGAGUCACCUUCACACUCCAGAAGCGAUUUAUCAGUGAAAGUCGAUGGAAAAAGCAGCGAUCAGAAGCCAAAUACUCCGCGCUCGAAGCACUCAGCAACAGAGCAAAGAAGAAGAAGCAAGAUCAAUGACAGAUUUCUGAAGUUGAGAGAGAUCAUCCCUCACAGUGACCAAAAGAGAGACAAAGCAUCAUUCUUGCUGGAGGUUGUCGAAUAUAUUCAAUUCCUACAAGAGAAAGUUCACACGUAUGAGGGGUCAUAUCAAGGCUCGGAGAGUAAACCUUCAACAUUACCAUGGAAUAAGUGCCAGCGGAUGACUCAAGGUUUCAUUGAUCAAUCUCAAGGAACAAAUAGUGCAUCUACUCCUGCAAUUAUAUGUGCUGGAAAGUUUGACGAGAGCAAAAUUGCAAUCUCUGCCACAAGUCCUGUAAAUGGACAGACAUUGGAGCCAAACAGAAUUUCCGCUGUGAAACAAAGUAGUCAGCAGUCUGAAUUAACAAACAAGACAGCAACACUUUGUAAGCAACCAAACGCAUUUCCAUUUUGUGGGAGUACUAGCAUAGCAUCGCUACAGUCUAGACCGGCACCUGAUGCCGACUCAUUGGAAUUGAAGUCCCAAUCUCAAUUUUGGCUUAGCAGAUCAAAUAUGACUGAUUGUGCCGUUACAAAUGAUAAGCUAAAAGGCCAAGAGGUGUCUAUAGAAGGUGGUACAAUCAGCAUUUCCAGUGUCUAUUCUCAAAGGUUGUUGAACACAUUGAAACAAGCACUGCAGAAUUCUGGAGUAGAUUUGUCACAAGCCAAUAUGUCAGUGAAAAUUGAUCUUGGGAAAAGAGCAAAUGAUAGCUUAAAUGCUUCAGUGUCCAAUUUUAAGGGUGAUAACAUUUCCACAAGCAAUCGAUCAAAUCCACAGUUGAUAGAUUCAAGUACAAGGGAGGAGUCUGUCCAUGCCUUCAAACGGCUCAAAACAAGUUGAACCUAAUUUAACACAUACGGGUUCUUUUGCAAUUUAUUCAAUUUAAAUUUUGUACUUUCCCCUUCUGGUUCUGAAGGGAUAUUCAUAUCUAUACCUGGUAUAGAAAAUCUCACCUAAUCGGAUCAUAAGCCACUGUAAAUGUAAUUCUUUUUCUUUUCCUCCCCCUUUUUCUCUUUGAUUGUCUGGCUGCACAGGUUGUUUCCAACUAGAGUUUGAUAUUUAUUAUUUGUAGUAAACUAUCUAAAUCAUGUAUCAUAUCAUUAUAUGAGGCUUCCAUGUUCAUGAUGAGAAGCUGCUUUUUAAUUUAAGGCUUUCAAUCAUUUCCAUCUGAA